AUGGAAAAUCUCAUUCCAGUCGUCAACAAGUUACAAAAUGUAUUCGCGACACUUGGACGGAAAGAAGAUCAGAUACAACUUCCACAAAUUGUAGUCGUCGGCUCCCAGUCCGCCGGAAAAUCGUCAGUUCUCGAGAAUCUCGUGGGGCGGGAUUUCCUGCCACGUGGUACUGGAAUCGUCACUCGUCGGCCUCUGAUUCUUCAGUUGAAUCACGUAGCGUUGGAUGAAGAGUCGAAGAGAAGAAGGUCAAAUGGAACACUGCUUAACGAUGAUUGGGCGAUGUUUGAGCAUACUGGAUCGAAAGUUUUCACAGAUUUCGAUGCUGUUCGCAAAGAAAUCGAGGACGAAACCGAUCGAGUGACCGGUGUGAACAAGGGAAUCUCUCUUCUCCCGAUCAGUUUGAAAAUAUAUUCCCAUCGAGUCGUCUCCCUCUCCCUUGUGGAUCUUCCUGGAAUCACAAAAAUCCCCGUUGGAGAUCAACCAGCCAAUAUUGAAGAGCAAAUCAGAGACAUGAUCCUUCACUACAUCUCGAACCCAUCCUCGAUUAUCCUUGCGGUUACUCCAGCUAACCAGGAUUUUGCCACCUCUGAGCCUAUCAAACUGGCAAGGAAGUGGAUGCAGGAGGGAACCGACGCGAUGGAUGUUUUGAUGGGAAAAGUGAUCCCAGUGAAGUUGGGAAUCAUCGGAGUCGUCAAUCGAUCGCAACAGAACAUUCUGGAUAACAAAGCUAUCAGUGAUGCAGUUAAAGAUGAGCAAACGUUCUUGCAAAAGAAAUAUCCAACACUGGCAAGCAGAAAUGGAACUCAUUAUUUGGCGAAGAGACUGAAUAUGCUUCUAAUGCACCACAUCCGUAACUGCCUUCCAGCUCUCAAGGCUCGCGUCUCCAUUAUGAAUGCUCAGUGUCAAUCGGAUCUUGUCGCAUUCGGAGAGCCAGUUGAGGACAAGAAUAGAACUCUGCUUCAAAUCAUAACUCGCUUUGCCACGGCCUACACAUCUACUAUCGAAGGGACCGCCCGUAAUAUCGAAACAACCGAACUCUGCGGAGGUGCUCGUAUAGGAUACAUCUUCCACGAUACAUUCGGAAGAUCGUUAGAGUCAGUGAAUCCAUUGGAAAAUCUCACACAACUGGAUAUUCUGACUGCGAUUAGAAAUGCAACUGGACCACGACCAGCGCUUUUUGUUCCAGAAGUGUCUUUCGAACUUCUGGUUAAAAGACAAAUUCAACGAUUGGAAGAACCAUCGUUGAGAUGCGUUGAGCUCGUUCAUGAAGAGAUGCAGAGAAUGGUUCAGCACUGUGGAUUCACCACUCAGCAAGAGAUGAUUCGAUUCCCACGUCUCUACGAUAAAAUCAAUGAAGUCGUCAGUGGAGUUCUCAAGGAGCGUCUGAAGCCAACUAACGAGCUUGUCGAGAAUCUCGUAGCCAUCGAGCUCGCCUACAUCAACACAAAGCAUCCGGAAUUCACAGAGGCCAAUCUGGUGACACUUUUGAAGGAGGAGCUCUCCCUGGAUGAUCGUCACGGUCGUAGCCGUAACAGGCACGCGUCAACUGGAGAGCGAGCGGUCAGUGCUCAUGGAGAACAGCAAUUGAAUCCAGUGCCCGGAGUCAACGGUGUCGAUAUUAAUGUUGCUCUUCAACAGCAACAACCACAAAAUCCACGUGCUUCUUCGAUCUUCGGGUUAUUCGGAAACACCACUUCUAGCAACAAGUCGUCCCCACAAGAGAAGAACACUGCAAACUUCCUGCCAGAAAUCCCAGAAACCCAACUGGGCCGUCAGCUGACAAGUCGUGAAAAGCGUGACGUCGUCAUUAUCGAACGUCUCAUCAGAAACUACUUCCUGAUCGUUCGAAAGAACAUUCAGGAUACCGUACCGAAGGCCAUUAUGGCUUUGCUCGUCAACUUUGUUCGCGAUAAUCUACAAUCGGAACUCGUUCGCCAACUCUACAAACCUGACGAGAUGGACGAUUUGCUCGCAGAAACUGAGGAUAUGGCUCAGAGACGACGAGACACUCUGGAGACGAUGAAGGCUCUUCAACAGGCCAGUGUCAUCAUCAGCGAAGUUCGAGAGACACAAGUUUGGUAG